UAAAAGGCUCGGAUGACACAGAUGAGCAUCAGUUGAGUUUGUCCCUCCACCAUGAAUACAUUUACAAUUUGCCUAGUCUUCGGAUUAGUCGUUGGUGUGUUUGGAGGUGAUAUCAAGAAACACGAAAAGCGAGGAGUCUACGGCGAAGGACUUUAUGGAGGAGGUCUGGGAGGAUUCGGCUCAGGAUUGUAUGGAUCUAGUGUGGGCACUGGUGUCUCCUACGGUUCAGGCUUUGGUUACGGAUCUGGGCUCGGAGUCGGUUCUGUAGCUGGCGUUGGAUCUGGACUCGGUCUCGGAUAUGGAGUUGGAAGCGGACUCGGAUAUGGUUCUGUAGCUGGCGUUGGAUCUGGACUCGGUCUCGGAUAUGGAGUUGGAAGCGGACUCGGAUAUGGUUCUGGAGUCGGUCUUGGAUCCGGAGUUGGACUCGGAUAUGGAGUUGGUUCUGGAGUCGGUCUCGCCACUGGAGUUGUCGGAGGAAACCAACUCGUUUCAAGACACGUCACUGUCACUCACCGUGUUGCUGUUCCUGUCCCACAGCCUGUUCCAGUCCCUGUUGAAAGGACCGUCCCUGUACCAGUACCGCAUCCCGUCAGUGUUCCAGUCGACAGGCCCUACCCGGUACAAGUGCCACAACCCGUCCCAGUUCCCGUAGAGAGGCCUUACCCUGUCCCAGUUGAACGCCGUGUCCCUGUACCUGUUCACCACACUGUAAAUGUACCUGUACCACACCCAGUCGCUGUUCCUGUACCAAGGCCAGUUGCUGUUCCUGUUGUUAGGAACGUACCUGUUCCGGUUCCCCAUCCAGUAGCUGUCCCACAACCCGUACCUGUCCACGUCUCUGUUCCGGUCCACACUGGAGUUGUUGCUGCUGCCCCAGCAGUCGGCGUAUCUUCUGGACUCGGUUUCGGUUCUGGCUAUUCUGGACUCGGAUACGCUUCAGGAGUUUCUGGUCUUGGCUACACUUCUGGAGUUUCUGGCCUCGGAUACGCUUCUGGAGUUUCUGGCCUCGGAUACGCUUCUGGAGUUUCUGGGCUGGGAUUCGGCUCUGGAGUUUCUGGCUUAGGCUACGCUUCAGGAGCUUCUGGACUUGGAUACGGUUCCGGUGUUACGGGAGUUUAUGGACACGGAUUCGGUUCUGGAGUUUCUGGUCUCGGUUACGGUUCUGCCUUUUCAUCUGGUCAUGGUUUUGGCUCAACCGUAGCAGUUGGAAAACAUCACAAAGUAUUUUAUCCAGAAACUCCUGAAGCGUAUCCUAAACCAGAAACUCCAGAGCCGAAUCCCAGCCCAGAAACUCCAGUAACUCCAGAAGUGUAUCCGAGCCCAGAAACUCCAGAAGCGUAUCCGAGGCCAGAAACUCCAGAAGCGUAUCCGAGGCCAGAAACUCCAGAAGUAAUAGCCAGAACCGAAACCGAGACCAGAAGAGACACCGACUGCUGGGGCAGCAGCAACAACUCCAGUGUGGACCGGAACAGAGACGUGGACAGGUACGGGUUGUGGGACAGCUACUGGAUGGGGAACCGGAACAGGUACGUUCCUAACAACAGGAACAGCGACAGGCCUUGGUACAGGAACAGCGACUGGGUGUGGUACAGGUACAUUUACAGUGUGGUGAACAGGUACAGGGACACGGCGUUCAACUGGGACAGGACUAUUUGCCUUGUCUUCGGACUGGCCGUUGGAGUGUUGGGAGGUGAUAUCAAAAAGCACGAGAAGCGAGGCGUCUACGGCGAAGGACUUUAUGGUGGAAGUUUAGGAGGAUUCGGCUCAGGAUUGUAUGGAUCUAGUGUGGGCACUGGUGUUUCCUACGGUUCAGGCUUCGGCUACGGAUCUGGUCUCGGAGUCGCUUCUGGAGUCGGUUCUGUAGUUGGCGUUGGAGCUGGAACCGGACUCGGUUACGGAGUCGGUUCUGGAGUCGGUCUUGGAUCUGGUGUCGGACUCGGAUAUGGAGUCGGAUCUGGAGUUGGUCUUGGAUCCGGAGUUGGUCUCGGAUAUGGAGUUGGUUCAGGUGUCGGACUCGGAUAUGGAGUCGGUUCUGGGGUCGGUUAUGGAUCCGGACUCGGAUAUGGAGUUGGUUCAGGAGUUGGUCUUGCGUCCGGAGUUGCACUCGGAUCUGGAGUCGGUCUCGCCUCUGGAGUUGUCGGAGGAAACCAACUCGUUUCAAGACACGUCACUGUCACUCACCGUGUUGCUGUUCCAGUACCUCAGCCUGUACCAGUCCCUGUUGAAAGGACAGUCCCUGUACCAGUACCGCAUCCCGUCAGUGUUCCAGUCGACAGGCCCUACCCGGUACAAGUGCCACAACCCGUCCCAGUUCCCGUAGAGAGGCCUUACCCUGUCCCAGUUGAACGCCGUGUCCCUGUACCUGUUCACCACACUGUAAAUGUACCUGUACCACACCCAGUCGCUGUUCCUGUACCAAGGCCAGUUGCUGUUCCUGUUGUUAGGAACGUACCAGUUCCGGUUCCCCAUCCAGUAGCUGUCCCACAACCCGUACCCGUCCACGUCUCUGUUCCAGUCCCAACUGGAGUCGUUGCUGCUGCCCCAGCAGUUGGUGUCUCUACUGCACUUGGUUUCGGUUCUGGCUUCUCUGGACUCGGAUACGCUUCUGGAGUUUCUGGACUCGGAUACGCUUCUGGAGUUUCUGGACUCGGAUAUGGUUCUGGCCUUACUGGAGUUUCUGGACUCGGAUUCGCUUCUGGCGCUACUGGAGUUUCAGGUUUGAGUUACGGUUCUGGGGUUUCUGGACUCGGAUUCGGUUCUGGAGUUUCUGGACUUGGAUACGCUCCUGGACAUGGAUAUGGAUCUGGCUUUUCAUCUGGCCUUGGUCUUGGCUCGGCUGUAGCAGUUGGUGGACACCACAAAGUAUGGUAAUUAAACUUCGGAAAACAAUCAGUCUCCAUUACGUUCAUGUUAUCAUUUUCUCAUUGUAAAUAACACAUUUUUUAUACUCCUAAAAAUUAUUUUUGUAAAGUAAUGUUAUUAUUUUUGUUAUUCGUUCCAUUAUUGGACAUAUAUUGUAAUAUCGAUCAUUAUAUCAUCUUAUAAUACUCAAGUUCCAUAAACUUGAGUUUAUUUUUUAUAUUUUUUUAUUAAUGAAAAGUAUACGUCGGAACUGUGCGGAACGGGAUGGUGUUUUUAUUUGUCAUUUGUUCUUAAAAUUUUUAUAAUUGGUGUUCAUUCUUUCCGCUGUUCCUCUUUAGAAAGAAUUCAUAUGUUGUAUUCUAUUAUGGCUGUUCAAUAAUAUGAACCGCAAUGUUUCUUAAAACGAGUUUAUAGUUCUAGUCUUAAAUUUUUAUAUUUGAAUAAUGAAGGUCUGUUGUAAAAUUGUAAUAAACUGUUUAAUGUUUAUUCAUACCUACAUAAUAAACUGUUCAAUAUGUUUGUAAAUCCCACAAAUUAUUUUUAUUAAAAUGUUGUCCUUGAAA